GCAAGAUUCAAAGUAUUCGAAAGCAAGCAAUCGAAGCGUUAACAAGUUUCAGUCGAAGCUAAUAAGAAAGUUUCAGAGUUCGCUCAUUUUACAGUGUUAUUAUUCGAAGUGUUUGAAAGAAGAAAAGAAGACAAAAUGGUGAAAGCUGUUGGAAUAGAUCUUGGAACAACAUACUCGUGUGUUGGAGUUUGGCAGCACGGAAAAGUUGAAAUCAUCGCCAACGACCAAGGAAACAGAACAACCCCAAGUUAUGUGGCAUUCACGGACACCGAAAGACUCCUUGGAGAUGCUGCUAAAAAUCAAGUAGCGAUGAAUCCCAGUAACACAGUUUUCGAUGCCAAAAGACUCAUCGGUAGAAAAUACGACGACCCAAAAAUUCAACAGGACAUCAAACAUUGGCCCUUCAAGGUGGUAAAUGAUUAUGGCAAGCCAAAAAUCCAGGUCGAGCACAAGGGUGAAAAGAAAAUUUUCUCUCCUGAAGAAGUCAGUUCAAUGGUUUUGACGAAAAUGAAAGAAACUGCUGAAGCUUAUUUGGGAGAAACCGUAAAAGAUGCUGUAAUCACUGUUCCCGCCUACUUCAACGAUUCUCAAAGACAAGCCACAAAAGAUGCUGGGGUCAUCGCAGGAUUGAACGUUCUGAGAAUUAUAAAUGAACCAACUGCUGCUGCUUUGGCCUAUGGAUUAGACAAGAACCUGAAAGGUGAAAGAAACGUCUUGAUUUUCGAUCUUGGAGGAGGAACAUUCGACGUUUCCAUUUUGACCAUCGACGAAGGUUCUCUUUUCGAAGUUAGAGCUACAGCCGGUGAUACUCAUCUAGGAGGUGAAGACUUCGAUAACAGAUUGGUCAAUCACUUGGCAGAAGAAUUCAGAAGAAAAUACAAAAAAGAUCUACGAAGCAAUCCAAGAAGUCUUCGUCGUCUCAGAACAGCCGCUGAAAGGGCUAAACGUACAUUGUCCUCCAGUACCGAAGCUACCAUUGAGAUCGACGCCUUGUUCGAUGGAAUAGAUUUCUACACCAAAGUCACCAGAGCAAGAUUCGAAGAAUUAUGUUCCGAUCUCUUCAGAGGUACACUCAGUCCUGUAGAAAAAGCCCUGGCAGAUGCUAAAAUGGAUAAAGGAUCAAUCCACGAUGUUGUUCUAGUGGGAGGAUCUACAAGAAUUCCCAAAAUUCAACAACUCCUUCAGAACUUCUUCAACGGAAAACCUUUGAACCUAUCCAUCAAUCCAGAUGAAGCUGUAGCUUAUGGAGCAGCUGUCCAAGCCGCGGUACUAAGUGGCGAAAAAGACUCCAAAAUUCAAGACGUCCUUUUGGUGGAUGUAACUCCACUUUCUCUUGGUAUCGAGACAGCAGGAGGAGUAAUGACCAAAAUCAUCGAGAGGAAUGCAAGAAUACCUUGUAAACAAACUCAGACAUUCACAACUUAUGCAGACAACCAACCUGCAGUUACCAUCCAAGUGUUUGAGGGAGAAAGAGCCAUGACCAAAGAUAAUAAUUUAUUGGGAACCUUCGAUCUCACAGGAAUUCCUCCUGCACCACGUGGAGUACCUAAAAUUGAAGUCACCUUCGAUCUAGAUGCCAAUGGUAUCUUGAACGUCUCCGCCAAAGAUACUAGCUCUGGAAACUCGAAGAACAUCACAAUCAAGAAUGACAAAGGUCGUCUCUCCCAGAAGGACAUUGACCAAAUGGUUGCCGAUGCAGAAAAAUACAAAGAGGAAGAUGAAAGACAAAGACAGAAGAUUUCUGCUAGAAAUCAACUGGAAGCAUACGUUUUCCAAUUGAAACAGGCAGUCUCUGAGUGUGGGGACAAACUGAGUGCUGAAGACAAAGCAACAGUUGAAAGAGAAUGUCAGAGUUGUCUGCAGUGGCUGGACUCAAAUACUCUAGCAGAAAAAGAAGAAUAUGAAGAUAAACAGAAACAUCUGACAUCAAUCUGUAGUCCCAUCAUGUCCAAACUUUACAGUGGAGGUGCAGCCAAUGGAGGCCAAUUCAAUGGAGGAAUGCCAGGAAACUGUGGCCAACAAGCCGGAGGUUUUGGGAGUCGGCAAGGACCUACCAUUGAAGAAGUUGAUUAAUUUAAUCAUGUUGUGUUAAUUAUGUUAUGUGAUAUUUAUGUUGAAUGCCCUUUCAUCAGGGUUUUGUAAAUAAUAUUUUUAAGUUUGAAGACUGAUUCAGUAUAGUGUACACGUAUUUAUUGAUUUUUAAUAAAAUCUAUAUUUUUUUUAAA